AUGCACGGUCUGGCUGUGGUGGAUGAUUUGUGGCUUCGUGCGUGGAGCCGCACAGUUGAGACCACCAACCCGGCUGAGUUUCAAGCCAACACCGCGUUCAACCUGAGCAAGUACGGGUCGUUGGCGAUGGUGGCCAGGACACUCAUGUCGAUCUCCGGGACAUUGUCGGUGGUGGGCACCAGCGCGUUGUUUGCCCUCGGCACGAUGUUUUGGAUGAUUUCUCGGCUGUACAUUCAACCAGCACGGGAAAUGAAACGCGUCAACAAAACAACCAUGACCCCCGAACGCAUCUCAGAAUGCUCCAACAUUGAGCCCGAAGCCUGCGCGUGA